UCCUAUCCCAGGAGAUGAAAGAUUCAAAACUUUAAAACAAUCAAUUGCCCCGAGAAAAUGUAUAUAGUUGGACAUAUUACGAGUUGGUCAAAAAGGAAUGGAAAACCGUUCGGAUACAAUGUAGCAGUAAGAGCAUCUGUAAGUUGUUUUGGUUUAAAUCUAGGUGUAUCAUAAUAUAUUGCAAUUAACCUUCACAUUGGGCUGGUGGCGGUAAUUUGCUUAAGAGCACAUGUUGCAUAGCAAAGGAAUGAUAAUCAACUAAUUGACUACCAAAAUUAAGCUGUGUAGACAUAUAGUGAAGAUCGUUAUGGAAUCAGUUGGCAUGAAUCAUAUUGUAAAUCAUAACCUGGGCUUAAUCAAGUAGAUUGGGCCAGUGACCACGGAAGGGCAAGGAAUCAGUUUAGGGGAUUGUAGAGGACAAGUUUUUUGUCUUUCAUUUUUUUGAUAGAAUGUAUAGGAAAGUGUCUUGCUGUUUUACCAAGAAUCAACAAAUGUUACAGUGAGCGGAAUAGGACUUUUUCUAUUUUGAUUUUUACAUGUUAUUUUCUUACAGAUUUUUACUAACAACCAAAAUUGGACCACUAUUAACAUACCCCUUUUAUUUCUGUAUCAAAUUGUACCAUUUGAUGAACAUGACCUAAGAAAUCGUGCUCACGGACGUCUAAAAAUCAAGGAAAUAUGAGAAUAGUUUGCCAAACAUUAGUAGUGAAAAUUAUUUAAUUCGUCAAUGAUACGCCACUGGAAUAUUUUCCGGGAAAUUCUAACUUCAGGGUACUGGUCCUAACCUCAAAUCGCUAAGAAUAUAAACAAUGAAUAAAGUAAUAUUGGGAGGUGGUUUAAGCGGUUUAUCUGCCGCUUAUUAUUUACGCCGCAAAUUCCCUUUGCAAGAAAUAACAUUAUUGGAGGGGUCCAGUCGUACAAGUGGUUGGAUUAAAUCGACAAAAUAUGACGAUUUCAUCUUCGAGCAAGGUCCAAGAACGAUCAGGCCACAAGGCGUAAAAGGAAUUAAUACAUUGAAAUUGAUCGAAGAACUUGGAUUAGAAGACGAUAUCAAAUUUAUACCUAGAAAUCAUCCGGCUGCAUUAAAUCGUAUGAUAUACGUCAAUGGUCAGUUGCAUACUUUACCUUCGAGCUUAUUGCGAAUUUUGACUAAACAGCCGCCUUUUUCAAAAUCUCUACUUAAUUAUCUCGUACGCGAAGUGGGACAACCUCGAAAGUUUAUACGUAGUAAUGACGAAUCGAUUUAUGAUUUCGUUUACCGUCGAUUUGGUAAGGAAAUAGCCGAUUACGCCAUCAGUCCAUUAAUUUGUGGCAUUUGUGCGGGAAAUGCGAAAGAAAUUAGUGUAAAAUUUUUAAUGGAGAAUCUAUUUACUCACGAACAAAAAUACGGAAGUAUCAGUAAAGGUUUACUGUACGACUUCUUCAAUAAAAGUAAAGAGAAGCCUUUACUAAAUUCACUUUCACAAAGAGCCACAAGGGAAAAGUGGAGUGUGUAUUUCUUUAAAGAUGGUAUCGAAACUCUGCCGCGGCGGUUGAGGAAGUUUGGGGAGGAAAAUAACGUUAAUUUUAUGUUAAACAAGUUGUGUACCAAGAUUGAAAUCGGUAAUGAAGUUUCUCUGCAUACAAAUACCGGGGAAAUAAUUCGUGCAGAUUAUCUAAUAUCGAGCAUCUCUCCUAAAACACUAGGUCAACUAAUUGUAGGUCACAGGGACUUAAACGAUUUGCUAGUAAGCAUUCCGUGCGUCAGUGUCUGCGUUGUCAAUUUGCACUUUAAAAAUGAGUUGUUGGAACAAAAUGGGUUUGGAUUUCUUGUUCCUCCAAAAGAAAAUAUACCGAUCUUAGGUGUAAUUUUUGACAGCUGUUGUACAAAUACUAAAGGGUCUACCAAUUUAACUGUAAUGAUGGGCGGAUACUGGUUUGAAAAGUAUUUUGGUAAAAAUCCCACUCGUGAAUUGCUAUUAGACACGGCUCUGCAGCAGCUUAACACAAUUCUUGGAAUAAAACAACAACCAGACUUAUACCAAGUGAGCAUUUUACAAGACUGUAUUCCUCAAUAUGUUGUUGGUCAUAAUGAUACAGUUAGGAAAAUUCACGAUUACUUGCAAUCAAAAAAGUUAUCGUUAAGCUUAUGUGGUAACUCAUUUAGUGGUGUAGGAAUUAACGAUUGUAUAUACUCUGCUAAGACAACAAUAGACAACUUGUGAUUAAUUUAUUAAGUAAUUGCAGCA